GUGUUUGCCUCGAAUUUUUCUAUGCCUUACCUACUUCUGAUAAAAACAAGACACAAAAAGUUUGCUGUUUAGUCAGCAAUGAAAAAUUUUCCCACUGCUCCAAUGAGCUCCGUGCCUUCGAGCAAGUUCUUGAAACUGGAGAGGAGCGCCUGCAAGGGAGAAUCCCUACACUGAUGAGGAAGCGCCUUUUCUUUCCUUGUGCAGCUUGGCCCAUGCUGGAAGAAGAAGAAUACGAUGAACCUCCACGGUGCAAGGCAGGACAAGAUAUUGUGCUGCAGUCACCUGUUGACUGGGUGCUUUUGGAUGGCCGAGAAAGCUCAGAUGACCGUGGAAUUGUGCAGUAUGAGUGGACGUUGCUGCAAGGUGACUCAUCGGUUGAAAUGAAGGUACCACAGCCAGGAACACUGAAACUCUCUCACAUCCAGGAAGGCGGGUAUAUUUUCCAGCUAACUGUGACAGACACUGCAGGUCAGCGGAGCUCUGACAAUGUCUCUGUGACCGUUCUGCCCAUGGUUCAUUCUGCAGUAGCCUGUGCCGGGGUUUGCUCUCGCUACCAGUUUAUCUGUGAUGACGGCUGCUGCAUUGACAUCACAUUUGCUUGCGAUGGCGUGAGACAGUGCCCUGAUGGAUCAGAUGAAACUUUCUGCCAAAACUUCAGCCCAGGCCGGAAGACGGUGACUCAUGCGGCUCUUGGCACUACCCAGCAAAGGACUCCAGGUCUGACAGAAAACACAGAUGAAAACUUCUCUGCAGAAAACACCCUGAAAGCCACUGCCAGAAAUCAACCGCUUCUUUCAGUGGAUGCAGACAUGUCUAACCAAUCGCUUUCUCAGGGACCAAAGAAAAAAAUCGGUGAAUUUGUGCCAGAUAACAGUUCCUCAGGGAAAAAAGCAGAUGAUAAAAAUGGGAAUGGCAUAAUUGUGCCAAAGAGGGAUCAGCUUGGAGGUGGUCGUCCAGUCCCAGAAACAGGUGCUGUGUUACCCUUAGCCUUAGGCUUGGCCAUCACUGCUUUACUGCUGCUUAUGGUUGCUUGCAGACUGCGUUUAGUGAGACAAAAGCUUAAAAAAGCUCGACCUAUUACAUCCGAAGAGUCCGAUUACCUCAUCAAUGGGAUGUAUCUCUAA